GCGACAUCUCUUGAAUAUCUCAUUAAGCAUCAAUUUGUUUGACGUUUGUUUACCUGUUUCUGUUUACCUGCAUUCUCUUGGGCACGUUUCGUUUUAUCAACGGUAUAUCAAAGAAUAUCGUUAUCGUUUAUUCUUUCUUUGAUAAAUGGUGUUCGGAAUUUGUUUAAAUUUUAUGCUGCUGGUGGAUGUCCAACUAUUUAUAAUAAAUAUACAACUGAAACUAUAAUGUCUUAUGGACCUGGAAAAGUUAAGACUGAUUCUGAUGAUGAAGCUGACUACGGUGUUGAAUUAAAAAUGCUCUCUAAACUUCACUAUGUGAGGAACAAUAGUCCAUCGUCUUCAGAUGAUGAUAGUGAAAACCGACCUCCUCCAAAUGUUUUCGACAAUCUUAUGAAAAAGUUGGUGGUGGUCAAUGAUGUUGGUGAAGUAAAACUAUAUAGUCCACCAAGUACGGGUUGUGCUGCAUCUUCUAGUGCUACCACUCAUCAGAAUUCUAAAGCUAUUGAAAUAAAGAAAGAAGAAGAUUUUUCAAUACAGGAAACUAAAAUUAUUGGCAACAAAUUAUUUACACUUAUUACCAAAGAUUAUUGCUAUUUGUGUAACGUCGAUACGUCUAAAUAUACUAGGCAUUACAACAAUCCUGGACACUUUAUUAAAGUUGGAGAAUGGAUUGAAGCGGAAUUAAUCAAAGCUAAGGAACCAGUUGAGCAAAAAUUAAUAUUUUGCCAGGUGUGUAAUAUUCCACUGUCCGGAAAUGAAAAGGCUCUCGAACAUUAUUCAGGGCAGAAACACAAAAAAAGAGAAAAAAGUUUUUGUACGCUAUGUCAUCGUAUGAUCAAUGCAGCAGGCAUGAAAAGCCACGUGCAAUCAAAGCAGCACUUGAAAAAAAUUAAUGCUCUUCGAAAUGCUGUAAGGCCAACUUUACGAAUAAAACUAGAAAUUGCAAAAAAAAAUCCUACAAAAGAGACUUUAGAAGUUGUAAAUGAAAAAGACAAUCAUAAAUCGUUGUUUGAUUCUUAUUCUAAAGUAUUGGAAAAGCAUAUCGAAACCUCCUUAAAUGAACAAUCUGUAUCUAUUGUUGAAAAUAAAGUUGAAACUUCCUCAACAACAAACCUUAAUGAUUUUGAAUCAACAAAAACGGAUGAAACAACUACAAUUGAAGAAAUCCCAAAAGUCCACAGGAAUUUAGAAAAUAAUGACAAAAUAACUGCUACAAAUAAUGCAACAACAAACCUCAAUGACUUUGAAUCAACAAAAACAAAUGAAACAACUACAUCUGAAGAAAACCCAAAAGUCGACAAGAAUGAUGACGAAGCAACUGCUACAAAUAGCAGUGAAAUACCAACAAUAUCUGAAAACGCAAAAAUUAUUGAAGAAAUACAAACAUCUGACCAAGAACCACCAGUUAUGAUGACAACUGACCAAACACCCAAUAAUAUUGAAUUAGGAACAAGUAAUGUUUUAGAACCAAUCAUAGGUCCCCAAGAAACAUUGAAUAAUCUUCAAAUAAGCAAAAUCAAUAACAAAUCCGUGGAUGCGGAAAAUGAGUUAAGAAAUAUUAUUGAAACUGCUGAUACUAUUGAUGACAUGAAAUUUUCUGCUGAAAUUUCGAAAUUCAAAUCUAUUAUAUCCAAAAGUCUUGAUGCCAAGGCAAAAACCGAUUUUUCAGUAAUACAAUUACGCAUUUUUGCAAUCCUUACACGAAAUUUCAGUAAGUUUUUGACAAAUUCUUUAACAGAAAAUCAUAAUAAUUUAACAUUUCAAGAUGUUUUUACAUUAUCCAAAAAUGAUUCAUUUUCUUCAAAUCUAUUUUCAUAUUCUCUAAUUUUUGACGUUUAUGGUGUUGCGAAAAUUACCCUUCAAGAUGAAUGCAAUAGUUUGGAAACUCUUGCUAGAAACUAUCAAGGAGCAAGUGACAAAAUAAUUUUAAAACAUUUUUAUGAAUUCAAUCAGAAAUUAUUAAUCAUUUUUGAUGAAUGUUUUUUAAUCAAUGAUGUAUUUAGACUUAGCGAGAAUAAUACAACAGAUUUUGAAGCUAUCAUCAAUCAAUAUUCUGCUAUCAAUAAAAUACAUUGCUUGUGGAGUUAUGUGAGAAAUUUUAAAAUAUUCCUGGAAGCAAAAACAUUAAAGCAUUUUGAAGGUAUCUUCGAAUGCAACAUUGAAUUUUUGGAAAACAUUGAUUACAAGAAAAAUAUUUGCAAAGAAUUGAAAACAAUUUGGGAUUUUAUAAUUUUGGAAGAUUCUUUCAAUCAUUUUGCCAGAUUUAAAUGGGUAGUGUUAGUUAUUUUGAAAGGACAUCUAUGGAAUAUGAAUAGAAUUCAUAACAAUAAUGAAUUAGAAAUUCUCAGAGAUAUUUUAAAUAAAAUUUUACAUAAGCCUAAUACAUUGGGACGAUUAAUAAUUAAGUACCUUAAAAAUUUAAAAUUGGCAAUUUUAAACCGCUAUCAACUAUGCGGCGGAUUUGAGCAACAUGAUAUUUUUAUUGUUGAACCUUCUCUUGAAAAACAUUUAGUUUGCAAUUUAUUUACAUUGGCCAAUGAAUGGGAUAUUUAUCAGUUGAUUGUUUAUAAAGAAUUUGACGAUUUGUGUGAUGUUUUGAGCAAAGAAAAUGAUAAUUUUUCGACUGGUUUUCUGUUAAAAUUUAAUGAAGAACUCAAGAAAAUUUUUGAGGAAUUUGAUUUUGUAGAUGCAAUGGAUUGUUCUUGUGCUGGACUAUAUUGUAUGUGAUUUUGAGUUUCAUUUUUUAAACCAGAAAUAUGUUUUGUUUUUUUUUUUAAUUUGUUCAAUAUACUGAGUUUCGUUUCA